GGCGGGGAUUGCCCGCCUGGGUUGCGGAAGUGGUAGCCGCUGACCCAGCCUGCUGCUUUCUCGCUACCGCUUCGGCUUCACGGCUUCCCCCACCCCCCAGACGGAGAGGGCGGCCCGGCUGUGGAUGGUCAGAUAGCCCUCAUCUUCCGCCGCUAAUCCCCGGCCCCAACCAGCGCGGAGCAGACGGCGGCAGCGGCAGCAGCAGGCGUGGAGGAAGAUGGCGGGACGGCUGCCGGCCUGUGUGGUGGACUGUGGCACGGGGUAUACAAAGCUAGGAUAUGCUGGAAAUACAGAGCCACAGUUCAUCAUUCCUUCAUGUAUUGCUAUUAAGGAGUCAGCAAAAGUGGGUGACCAAGCUCAAAGGAGGGUGAUGAAAGGCGUUGAUGACCUAGACUUCUUCAUUGGUGAUGAAGCAAUAGAAAAACCUACCUAUGCUACAAAGUGGCCAAUCCGCCAUGGUAUAGUUGAAGAUUGGGACUUGAUGGAAAGGUUUAUGGAGCAGGUGAUCUUUAAAUACUUAAGGGCAGAGCCUGAAGACCAUUAUUUUCUUUUGACUGAACCUCCACUGAAUACUCCAGAAAACAGAGAAUAUACUGCUGAAAUAAUGUUUGAGUCAUUCAAUGUUCCAGGCUUGUACAUUGCUGUGCAGGCUGUUCUUGCCUUAGCUGCAUCCUGGACAUCUAGACAAGUAGGAGAGCGGACGUUGACUGGGACAGUAAUAGACAGCGGAGAUGGUGUCACUCAUGUCAUUCCUGUGGCGGAAGGAUACGUGAUUGGCAGCUGUAUUAAGCACAUUCCAAUCACAGGACGGGAUAUAACAUAUUUCAUUCAGCAGCUGCUGAGAGACCGAGAAGUAGGAAUCCCUCCAGAACAGUCCCUGGAAACGGCCAAGGCAGUAAAGGAGCGUUACAGUUAUGUCUGCCCAGAUUUAGUAAAAGAGUUUAACAAGUAUGACACAGAUGGAUCAAAGUGGAUUAAACAGUAUACUGGAAUCAAUGCUAUCUCAAAGAAAGAAUUUACCAUUGAUGUUGGUUAUGAGAGAUUCUUGGGACCAGAAAUCUUUUUUCAUCCAGAGUUUGCUAAUCCAGACUUUACACAGCCUAUCUCAGAAGUUGUAGAUGAAGUCAUUCAGAAUUGUCCUAUUGAUGUCAGACGUCCUCUCUACAAGAACAUUGUCCUUUCUGGAGGCUCAACCAUGUUCAGGGACUUUGGACGUCGCUUGCAAAGAGAUUUGAAAAGAACUGUAGAUGCCAGGCUGAAAUUAAGUGAAGAAUUAAGUGGCGGUAGAUUGAAGCCAAAGCCUAUUGAUGUACAAGUAAUUACACACCAUAUGCAGCGGUAUGCAGUUUGGUUUGGAGGGUCAAUGUUGGCUUCCACGCCUGAGUUCUACCAAGUAUGCCACACCAAAAAAGAUUAUGAAGAAAUUGGACCCAGCAUUUGUCGUCACAAUCCAGUGUUUGGAGUCAUGUCUUAAAACUGACUUCAUAGUUAUUGGGGUUAGGGAGGGGGAAGAGAUUGUCUUUCUGAUGGCUUGUUUUGUCUGGAUGACUGGUUUUAAGGUUUUAAAACUGACUUGAAAUAAUAAGACCAAACAAUUAUACAGGAAUAUUUUAAUAAGUGUAUCAUCAUGCGAAUGUAGAGGAAAGCCAAAAUGAUUGUUUUUCUUUAGAUUGACUAUUUGAAUCUUAUGUGUCACAAAAUAAGUGGGUUUUAGUUCUUUCUGUGCCCUGAUAUUUUGUAUAUUAUUGAAUUAUCCAAGAUUUGAUGGGAUUUAUCAGUAUGUAGAUAGCUCUAUAAUGUUUGAAUUGUACACUUCUAAGCAUACAGUGCAAGAGCUUGUUUAUAUUUCAUACUUUUUAUACUUUGAGGAAUAAAAGUCAAAGAAAAACUGUAAUAUUUGAGGGGGAAAAAAGUGACCAAGUAAAGAAUAAAUUAAGAAAAUAAUAGCCUCACGAGACUUGGCUUACACACUCAUGGGAUUCCAGUUAUUAUGAAAUGCUUCUCCCCUUCCACCCUCCAGCCCAGUGGCUUUGUUUGCAAGUGCUUUUGGAACUAAGAAGCCAGUAUCUUGGAAUAACUGGUGCCUGCUAGUGCUUUCUGAUUACUCACGUUCUGUUUCUUGCUUUAAAUGAAAAGUAAAGACAAGACUGUUGUCGGACCAGUA